AUGCAUUUGGGGAUAAAAAAAACUAUUGUGAAUGGAAAUGGUCAAAAAAUUAGAUGGGAUUAUAUACAAAAACUUUACCAAAAAGAGAACUGUGAAGGAUUGAGGGCGGCUACAAAAUUAACAAACCGACAUCUUCAUUAUGACAAUGAAAAAAUGAAUGUUCGCCUUGCAGCUCAAGUCCUUAGUAACAGCGUAUGUGAUGCACUUUUGUAUUUAAAUGGUUCUGACCCAAAUUUUGAAGGAUCCUUAGCAACAGCUGAAUUCUGCCUUUUUUUCAACAAUGCUUUUGAUAUUUUGAACUCACGAAAACAGCUGUCAAAUAAACCAUUUAACAAUUCUAUUAAUGAAAACACAUUCCAAAAAUAUAGUGAUUUUUUAAAAGAUUUUUCUUUUUAUGUACAAGGGUUAUCUUUUGAGGAUGGUACUAAAGUAGUACAUUCUCAACGCAAGACUGGUUUUGUUGGAAUGAUUCUUGCCAUAAAAAAUGCUCUUGAGUAUUAUAAAAUACUAAGGGAAGAAGGCAAUAUGACCUAUUUAUUAACUUACAAACUAAGUCAGGACCAUCUAGAGACUUUUUUUUAG